GGGAGAGGGCUUUUGCGCAGGUGACGAGGAGGAGAAACCAAAGGAGGGACGAAGUAAAAGCUGGCUCGAGAGAGCUGGUGGUAGACCCCAACCCCUUUCAGUGCUGAGCUCUGACACACCAACAAAGGAAUGGGGUAGCCCUUCCGGCCCUUCAAAUGCCAUUGCGAGAGCAGACAGGGGGGAGGAGCUCAAUGGAGUCGCAGAAGAGGCACAGAGUGAGGAGGAGGAGGACGUGGUAAGCGGCAUACAGCUAAGGUAAGGACGCAAGCGAUGCAGAGACCACACACGUGCACAGAUACACAGCUACAGAAAUUAAUGUGAUCACCGGGUUGCAGCAAUAAUUAUGAGGGCAGGGACCAGUUUGCAGGGCGUGGAAGGGGUGAAGUGUGAGCCUGUCGGUUGUUCCCUGCGGCGACCCCAGCCACCCUUCUCUCCUCCAUUGGUCUUCCAUUGCAUCACCACGUCGUCAGACGCCCCCAUCUCUCUUCGCCCCAUCAUGAUCUGAUGACCAGGAGGAGGGAUGGGUAUUAGGAAACCAUGUCCUACACCAUUUCUUCUCCGUCCCUUCCUGUCUCUCUCUCAUCCUUUCUCCCUCUAUCUCUUUUUUGGUCUCACUCAAAGCAUCCCAUGCGCCUCCGGGUGAUGCUGCUUUUAGUGCUGCACUUGCUCGUUUAGUCCCUCUCAUCGCUCAUCCUCGCUUUUGUGAGUGCAAGAAGAGCUGGACCGGUGUCCCUUGUUCCAAGAUAUUUGUCCUGCUACGAUCUGCUUUGUUUGGUUUGCUGAAUUCCACUGAUCCUUCUUCUCUGAUGGGUGCGAGGUGUAAGAGGUGACAGUACCAGAGCGGUGUUGUAGGUGGGCAGAGUCGAAUUGAUGGAGUUUAGGGGUCCUAGUGAGAUCAGGAUACCUUCCUCCCCUCCUGGUUACAACACCUCUCUCAUCAGAGGGGGAUCAGCCUUCUCCAAACCCAUCCUCCCCUCUGCCUCUCUCGUUUCGCCAAGAGGAGGAGGAGGAGUUGGUGCUGAUGGUGGUGGUGCAGGAGGAGCUGCAAACGGUAACAUUUUUGGCAACGCCAGAGCUCCACCACCAACUCUUGAACACACCACCACAACUAUGGAUCACACGCCCCAGUCUCUUACCAAAAACGCAGGUCAAGAUUCCAUCCCGAACUCGUCCCCAGGUGCAGUUGCUGCGGGCGUGUCAUCCCACACCAAACCCGCUGCCACCACCAAGACCUCAUCCACCAUCGCCGCGACUGCUACUAUCUCUACAAGAUACGGGGAAUGCCUUCGCAACCACGCGGCUGCCAUAGGCGGCCACGUCGUGGACGGCUGCGGGGAGUUCAUGCCGAGUGGCGAACCCGACACGCCCGAAGCAUUUAAUUGCGCAGCCUGCGGCUGCCACCGUAGCUUCCACCGCAGGGAUGGUGACGGCGGCACCAACGCUGCCGGCCCCUACUACCAUAGCACAACUCGCCUGCCUGUGCUGCUCCCGCCUCCCCAUCCCCACCACCAUCAGAAGCAGUUCCAUCUCAGCGGCUUCUGCAGCCCGUCAGCUGCCGUGCCUGGGUCGUCCGGCUUCAUCCAGUUCUGUAAUACCAACCCCAGCGGCAGCGGAGGCACGACGACGGAGUCGUCGAGCGAGGAAAGGAUCAACGCGGGGGCGCCGACGCCCGCAACCAUGCCGAGGAAGCGGUUUCGGACCAAGUUCACGGCGGAGCAGAAGGAUAAGAUGUUGGCCUUCGCCGAGAGGGCCGGGUGGAGGAUUCAGAGGCAAGAUAGUGCAAUGGUCGAGCAAUUCUGUGCCGAGAUCGGGGUGAGGAGGCAGGUGUUGAAGGUCUGGAUGCACAAUAACAAGCACACGGUAACUAGAAAGCGGCAGCAGCAGGAAGAACUCGCAGUACAACAACAGCAAUCGCAGCUACCGCAGCCGGGGUCUCCCCUACUUCAUUAGCGAAGACCACGCCUUCAAUGGCUCUUCGUUCACAGAGGAUGCAGAAGAAGACAACGAGGAGACGGAUGAUUCGUUUUCUUGUUGGUUUACUGGUUUGAGGCGCUGCUCUUCUCCUCAUCGCCCAGUACUGUCUGCUUUGGCAUUUUAAUCAUUGUUCUUCAACUUGCAGUCUGCUUUGAUCGAUCGUUCGAGAUCAUUUGAGCUGUGCUACCCACGCAAAUAGAUGAUUAAAGGAUCUUAAAACGUGGGUUACAACAUACGAGAGUUGAUCUCUCAAAGCAUCUCCAUUCUUCCACAUCUGGUGUUGUCAACAUUUCCGGCUGCACGGUAAAGACAUCAUUGAGAUGUAACAUGAAAUGCUUUCAUCCUUAGGAUCCAAUGUGCAUUGCGUUCCUUGAAAUCAUUGCUAGGAUCAUUAUCGUCGAGCAAGAAGAAAGUGAAGGGAAGGCAACAUAGCCACCUUGGAAUCUGGUGAUGGGACUGACAAACCCUAUCACCUCAACCAAGAACUCCGCCGUCUGUUCCCGAUUCUUGUUCCUCCACCAGCAUUUCUUUUCUUUUCAUGUUCUGUGCCUUGCUUGUUUACCCGAGUGUUAUGAAUUAAAAUCCUUAAGCUUUUACUUUCUUUAUAUUA